GGAUGGCUAUUAUCAAAGAAUCCAGAACAUAACCAGUAUUGGUGAGGAUGUGGAGAAAUGGAGUCCCUCUGCAUUGCUUGCUGAUGAGAUUGUGAAAGGGUACGGCUGCUCAAGCAAUGGUAUGGCCAUUCCUCAGAAAAUUAAACAGAGUUGCCAAGUGAUCCAGCAAUUCUGCAUUUAAGUAUAUAUCCCAAAGAAUUGAAAGCAGGGACUCAAACAGAUAUCGUUGUACUUGCGUGUUCCUGGCAGUGUUCAUUAUUCACGGCAGCCAAAAGGUGGAACCAACCCAAUGGAUGGUUCAAUGGGCAGAUGAACAAAAUGUGAUAGAUUCAUUCAAGAGAGUGCUAUUCAGCCUUAUAGAGGAACAUGUUACACCACGGAUGAGUCUUGAAACCCCUAUGUUAAGUGAAAUCAGCCAGUCACAGAGGACAAAUAUUGAAUGUUCCACUUUUAUGAGAUGAGAAAACCAAGGCCUCAAGGGAGGAGCUGCUUUGCCUAAGUCAUACAAAAUGACUUGGCCAGCUCCCUCAGUGACAGCCUGGCUCUUUGGACCAAGCUGCCUGGGCAGACUGUGAGGGUCGUCUGCAGAAAGAAGGAAGAAACAGUGCCAGGUUCUAGCGUGUGUUCCAAGUUCCACAUUCCGCCUGCAGACUCCCGGCGCCGGAGCAAAGGCUGGCCCUUGGCAGCGGACUGGAAAUGGAACUCUGGAGACUCUCCUGAAACUCUGCCCUAAUCAAAGGAACCAGAGGGUCUGCCAGCUCUCCCUCCAUCUCCCUCUCCAGGAGCAGCCAUGGCCCUGAAUGAUAUUGAGGUACAGAAGCGGAUUAAGCACAUGCUGGCUUUCAUUGAGCAGGAAGCCAAUGAAAAGGUAGAAGAAAUAGAUGCCAAGUCUGAGGAGGAAUUCAACAUUGAGAAAGUACGUCUUAUGCAGACUCAACGAAUGAAGAUUAUAGAGUACUAUGAGAAAAAGGAAAAGCAGAUAGAGCAGCAGAAGAAAAUCUAUAUAUCCUCCAUAAGGAAUCAAGCAAGGCUGAAGGUCCUGGCAGCUCAACAUGACUUAGUCUCAGAGCUGAUGAAUGAUAUGAAGGUGAAACUCAUCAGGCUGGUGGAAAACCCAGAAGUAUACCAGGGGCUGUUGUAUAAACUGAUGCUCCAGAGUCUGCUCCGACUGCUGGAGCCUGUGAUGAUUGUACGCUGCAGGCCACAGGACCACCUCCUAGUAGAGGCUAUAGUGCAAAAAGUCACCCCUGAAUAUAUGAAAGUCUCCCAAAAACAGGUGAAAAUCCAAGUUGAUCGAGAGGUGCACCUACCUAUGAACACAGUGGGAGGUGUGGAGGUCUACAGUGGAAAUUAUAGAAUAAUGAUUUCCAAUACCCUGGAAAGUCGAAUGGAUCUGAUAGCCGAGCAAAAGAUGCCAGAAAUACGAAAGGCCUUAUUUGGAAUCAAUCCCAACAGGAAGUUUUUCCUGUAAACCUCUGGGAAAUGAACUGCUAGGCCAUAAAAGCAUAAGUUAUUAAGGCAAAGGAAACUACUCAAGUUUCCUCCUCUCUGUUGCUCUUAUAGUAGUCUAUCUUCUAUGAAAUACCCUUUGAACAACUAAAGGCAUUAUGCUUUGGAAUAAAGCCUGGCUUAAUGCUCAGAAAUCUAAUUCCAGUUCAUUCAUACAUACUACAGCUUCUGGUCAGUUCUGCAGUCUGGGCUGAAGGGAGUAAAGACAAAAAGUCUAUUCUUUAGCUCAUCUGCCAGGUUAGAUGUGAGUAGUAUUUUUGGUUUAUGGGUCUGAGUGCUCUAAGUUUCUUUAAUAUGUGUGUGAAGUGUUUGUUCAACUUCCUGUCCUCCUGUUAUUUAGUGGGACUUGGAGAUCUCCCUCGUGUGUACAGGGCCAGCUUCAUGGGCAUAGGUAAUUAGUACAGUCACACAGGGUUCCAUGCUUGGCAGAGCUCAGUGCUUGGGAUUUAAUGCUCUGUAGCCACUGCCUUGAGACACUUAAUUUUAUCUUCGAAUGUGGGUUUUGUAAGUGAAGCCCCAUAGGACUUUGGAGCAUGCAACCAGGGGCUUGGAGCCUUGGCUCACACGUGGUGCCAACUCCCACAGCCUACCCAUCUCCCUGGGAUGCAUUCUUGGCCACCACUUCCCAGCUCUCUGUGCCCAGCCUUCCCCUCCCUCAUUCAGUGACCACUGCUGCCCUUUGUCCCUGGUGAGGGCCUGGUGUGCAUACAGGGAGGGUCUGGGUUAGGUGUGCAUGCUCUGCAGGGUCUUAUGACUGGGUAUGAUAAUGAUGGCCACUGCACCCCUGGCUAGCAGCUCUGUGGUACAUUCAGCAGGUAAGUCAAUGAGGGUGAAUAUCUCUCCCACCAGAUACUGAGCACAUCCUGGUGUGGAGGUUUAAAGACCCUGGGGUUCACUUGUCUGCUGUGGGGUGGGUUAGCCAGCCUGCUGUAAUAGGAGAUGCCUGGCUGGACUUCCCUGACGCUGGCCAGGGCAUAGCACAUACAUCUGUGGGAAGGAGGAUGCAGCAUUUGUCCAGCUUGCUGGGCUUGAGUCUCAGGAUGGGAACUGCAGGAGCUCAUGAGGGCCUGCACUUGCCCCACAAAGUAUCCCCAUACCUGACGGUUCUCCAUCAGAUAGCUCUGUCAAUGCCUGGGGAGACUUGGGGUCAUCUCUUCACAACAGCCUGAUGAAUUUUCUGGGAGGAGCCAAGAAAUAAAGAUUGUAAUUUUGGUGAUUCUCCACAUAGGCAUGGCACAAUAUAAAGAUAAGUAAUAAAGCUCAUGUUAAUGAUUUAAAAUUUCUAUUUUCAUUUACUUAGACACUGUAUAGCAAAUAUACACCAUGACAAAUCAAAAGAGAGACUGCAGAAAAAAGGGAAAGCUUUGUAUUUUAGUACCUUUAUUUAAUUGUACUUUUUGAAGAAAGGAUAGCACAUUUUCCAUUUUGCAUUGGGUCCUGUAAAUUAUGUGGCCAAUUAAUUCAACGUGGGUAUGUUGAUUUAAAGUCUAAUCUAUGUCCAAGCGUAAUUUAUGUAUUAAAAUAAAAGUUU